GUUUGAAGUUUUGUGGGCUUAUGCUUAAAAUGGCUGGGUUUCCUCCAAAUCUGGAUGAUGGUGAACUAUGGCCUCCCUAUGAUAUUUUCCUCAACGAAGUAGCCUCCCCAACCUCCAAGCUUAAUCCUGACCAUUUUCUUUCAAUGACGGCCUAGCUCAACACUUGGCUGCUCUUUCUUUCCUCAAACAACGUCAAUGCCUUUCAAAACCUCUGCUAAAUAUACCUUAGCGGGUUCUCUCUCUCACUCACACACACAGAGCUAGCUUUCUUUUAGAUUUGAAAGAGAACACUCCCGCUUUCAAUUUGGAUCAAACAAGUUUCCGGUUACCCCUUCAAUUGUAUCAUCAAUUGGAAGGAUGUGAACCUGGUUUCUAUACUUGACAUCAGGGCAGGGCAAUGAUGAAUAGACACAACAUCUCCAAGGCAAACCGUAAGAUUAGCUCGCACAAUUUUGUUCAUUCUGAUUUUCGGUUCAUCGCAUUUGUCGCCAGCAAGAGGAAGGACUCCUCCUUGCCUCAACAAGCUCAUCCUGUGAAGAAGCAGCACAGCCAGAGAGCACCACCAAGGUUUGCGCUGGAGUUGGAUGGGCCCUAAAAAUACGAUUUUACCCCUGAAGUUAACGGCAAAAUUGACGGACUUUUGACAUAGAACCAAUUUGAUACUAUGAAAAACUUACGGGACUAUUGAAAUGAAAAUUUUAGUUGAUGGAUUAAAAUAAGACUGGAGCAAAAGUUGGGGAUCAUUUCGGUCAAUAGCCCCAAAUCAUUAUCUUCACCAAAAAGAAUGGCUUGAAGCUUUGGGGAUUUUUCAGUUGCCCCUCAUCCGCCGGACCCAAUCCAGAAACCCAAUUGAGAAAAAUCCACCGAUUUCCGAUGGGUUUCAAUGCCAAAACCGCCGACGAAGAUUCCGAGUCAAGCGUCCUCCUCCCCACCGUAUCCGCCACCACACCCAAUAAAAUCCCAAAUGACUCGUUCCACUUGGCCUACAUCAUCUACUUCACACUUGGUGCUGGGUACCUCCUCCCAUGGAACGCUUUCAUCACAGCCGUCGAUUACUUCGCCUACCUCUACCCAGAUGAAAGCGUGGACCGUAUAUUCGCCGUCGCGUACUUCGUGGUGGGCCUCGUCUGCCUCCUCAUCAUAAUCUUCUACGCCCACAAGUCCGACGCUUAUGUCCGGAUCAAUGUGGGUUUGGGCCUCUUCGUUGUUUGCCUGCUCAUCGUGCCCCUCAUGGAUGUCUUUUACAUCAAAGGUCGGGUCGGGUUGUACGACGGGUUUUACGUGACGGUUGCAACGGUUGCGCUUUCGGGUUUGGCUGAUGCUUUGGUUCAAGGCUCGCUCAUUGGGGCGGCUAGUGAGUUGCCCGAGACUUAUAUGCAAGCCGUUGUGGCUGGGACUGCCGGUUCAGGAGUCCUUGUUUCUGCUCUGAGGAUCAUAACUAAGGCUGUAUAUCCACAAAAUGCUGAUGGCCUGAGAAAAAGCGCAAACCUUUACUUCGCUGUCGGGAUAGUAGUUAUGGUCAUAUGCCUUGUUUUCUACAAUGUGGCACCAAGGCUUCCAGUUAUGAAGUACUAUGCGGAGUUGAAGACUCAGGCUAUAAAUGAGGAGAAGGAAGAGAAUGGUCCUUUGACUGCGUCUGUGUUGAGAUCAACUUUGUGGCACGUAGUUGACAGAGUCAAGUGGUAUGGAUCUGGCAUCAUUCUUAUCUAUGUUGUGACUUUGGCAAUAUUUCCAGGAUAUAUUACUGAAGAUGUACACUCUCAGAUUCUCAAGGAUUGGUACCCAAUCAUCCUUAUUACAGGCUACAAUGUGUUUGAUCUUAUUGGCAAGUCUCUGACUUCUGUAUAUCUCCUCGAAAAUUCUAAGGUUGCGAUCGGCGGCACAGUUAUAAGAUUGCUCUUCUUUCCUCUCUUCUAUGGGUGCUUGCAUGGCCCCAAAUUCUUCCGAACAGAGAUUCCAGUGACAAUACUUACUUGCCUUUUGGGACUUACUAAUGGCUACUUGACAAGUGUGUUGAUGAUUUUGGCUCCCAAGAUCGUCCAAUUACAGCAUGCGGAGACUGCAGGGAUUGUGAUUGUGUUGUUCUUAGUUGUGGGUCUGGCUGUUGGUUCAGUUGUAUCUUGGUUCUGGGUCAUCUGAGUUUUGAGCAAAUUUUAUUACACCAGAAACUCCCAAACGUACUGCUGUUGCCAAGUCCCACUGUUGGGGGAUGGGUUGGGUUGGGUUUGCUAGUACCCUCCUUUUGUAAAGCUGUGUAACUUAACUGUUUGAAAUAUUGUAAUUUUUUCCUUUUCCCAAAACAUGGGUUAUGAAUUGUAAAUGGUUGGUUGAUCUGUCAAUUUGUUCAGUUGAAUUAUGAAAGUCUGGAUGUGUUGCUUUACUGGUGGUCAUCAAGUUAUAAACUUAAGUUCUAA